AGUGAUAACUUUGGUAUUUAUAAUUUAGUUCUUGGUUUUAAUUAGUCAACUUUCUGUUUGGCAACUUUCUGUUAUCAUGGAUUCGUUUUUAGUUUCUUACGGAAUUUCAAAAACAUUUAUUAUAAAUAGUACAGCUAUUUUUAUAAACUUUUCUUUAAGUAACUUAUUUAACCAUUAGACAGACUUUCUUAUCUUGUAAAAACGUAAGCCAAUUAAGUUUAAUGGCGAACUAUUCACCAAGAAAUAACAGAAAUUACAACUAGCGAGUGUGCAAGUCUGCUGGAAACUCCUAUUAGUAACCCAAACUUCAAGAUAGGUAUAUAAACCUCACGAUGCACGAAAGGUCUAUCCACUAUUCCCACAAUAUUCAACCGAAAAUGUUCCGCGCUCAACGUGUUUGCCUUUAUUUCGUAGCUUUUCUGGUCUUGGCAUCUGCCAGACCCAAAAUAAACUCGCAAAUUUCCCAGAAUCAAAUUGGAUUGCGAGGGAUCGAUCUUUCUACUGAAGAAAGUGUUCCUUCAAAGUCUUCAUUAGCCACAGAAGCAACCAGUGAACCAUCAAUUGAGAGCUCCAGCGAAGAGUGUCCCACAGUAACUUCGUCAUCUUCAUCACCUGAGGAAACUAGUGAAGCACCUGAGAGUUCCAGCCAGGAAACCACCGAGGAAAGCGGCGAGUCAUUUGAAGAUUCCUGGGAGGAUGAGAGCUCCGAAUCAAGUGACGAAUCAGCGGAGGGAUCCUAUUCCUGGGAAGAUGAGAGCUCCGAAUCAAGUGACGAAUCAGCGGAGGGAUCCUUAUCCUGGGAAGAUGAGAGCUCCGAAUCAAGUGACGAAUCAGCGGAAGGACCCUACUACAAUGAUGACUAUAACUACUAUGAUUAUUAAUGCAUCGCAUCACCAUUAUACUUUGUGUCAAAACAAAAUACAAAUCUUAAAUCAUUAUACUUUGUGUCAAAACAAAAUACAAAUCUUUUUGACGAGUCUUGAAAAUUUCGUAGAGUAAAAAUGAAGCUGUAUUUCUUACUAGUCCUUGCCCUUUUUGGUCUUUUGGCUCGUGCAGCUGCAUUGCCGGUAUCUCCAGCUCCAGUGGAUGUGGCAAUGAUCACCGGGCCCGAAAUGGACAUUCCAGAUAUUGAUUUAUGGAGCAGGACUUAAGAGUUUCAGGAUAUUUUGGACUACUCAGCACUGUUUUUCUUCCCAGUUCGCUGCAUAUUUGGAACAGAAUUUUUAAUUAAAACAAACAAUAUGUUACCCAAAUUGUUGCUGCUGCUUUUGGAGCGCCGGAAAGCUGUGCAAAAUUGCAGUUUUUGGACAAGAGGCUGCGGCGGUUGGUUGCUAAUGCAUUUACUUGGCUUAAUUAGUUGAGAUUCUACAUUAUUCAUACGCCACGUGUGACCAGCGGCCACCCACUCAAAUGCCCACCCACCCAAUGUGCUGAUGCCUGCCGUCUCCUUCUUUUCCUGACAGCAUCAUAAUUUUCACUUAAUUAAAGUUGUCGUUGUUGUGGGUGCUCACUGCUGAGUUUGAGGUUUAGCCCCGGGAGCAGUUAGAGAGCUGUGGCGGUGCAUUUGGGUCGAAAGUUGGGCGGCGGGUGCGAAAAACAUGGGUAUUUAUACUCGCAAGUUUUCGCUCUUAAUUUAAUCCCGUCUAACUACGAAAGUUUUCGAAUGCCUGGCUGCUAGUUUGAUCGCAAGAGCUGGUUAUUAAAAUAGCUAAAGGUUUUUGGCAAGUAUUCGUAUGCCUGCGACUGAAAGAAGUGCCGGAAAGUACGCAAACAUGUAUUAAAUUGUAUGUAAACACUAGUUUGAGUUCAUAUAAAGAAAAAUGCCAAACCCACUAAAGUCAGAAAAUGAAACACAA